AUACAUUUUGCAACACCUUUCAACUUCAGCCCAGACCCGAACAAGGUGAUUCCCCAGGCGGUCGAAGGCAUCUUAAGCCUCCUCCGUGCUGCGGCCCGGGAGCCCUCGGUCAAGAGAUUCGUCUACAACUCGUCCGUUGGCGCUGCGUAUUCACCUAAAGGCGGAGUUCCAGUCACUGUGAUGGAAGACUCCUGGAAUGAUGCUGCCUUGGAAAAGGCAUGGGCACCGCCGCCGUAUGAGCCGAAGCGAGCUCCCUACGUGUACGCGGCAAGCAAAGUAGAGACCGAGAGGGCCAUGUUUAAGUUUUUCGGGGACGAAAACCCUGGCUUUAGCGCUAAGUCUGUGAACCCAUUCUUGAACAGGAAUAUCUACAACGGUGAGCCGGGAUUCUCUGGUUUCAUGCCUCCUGGUAACAUGCCACGUCAAUGUCCAAGAUGGUGCAACUUUCAUGUCGCAGCUGCCUUGGACCCCAACAACAAGGGCGAGCGACUGCUUGCCUGGGCCGGGCUAUUCAACGUGAAUAUGGUGCUAGAUAUUCCGCGUCGCCGGCAUUCAGACCGAAAAUUCAUCGACGAUCUCCCUCCCCAGAAACCGUGCCUGUCAAUUAUAGGUGAUGAGAGUCGCCUGUUCGGGGUUUUGAAGAAGUGGGGAGGGCGGGACAGUUGGAUUUCACUGGAACAGGGUCCGCGACGGGAUGAAUCUUGA